UCUCUGGUUCCCAUGCAACACAAAAGGACGAGAGAAGAAGGCUUCAUCUUCCUUGUUUACAGCCCCCCAUGGAUGAUGAGAGUAGGAAGGAAGGAGGAAGCAGCAGCAGCAGCACCGAGGCCAUGGCUAUGGUGUUCGAGCUCCACAACGGAGAAGCUGAUCUUGUGUUCUGCGCGGUCAUAAUGUGGCUCUCCGUCAUUUCCAUCGUCAUCUUUUCUUCUGUGGGCGGUCCGAGCCAGCCGAGGCAGCGGUCCAGGGACAGCAGGCUGGUGCUUCCCGGUGAGGCAGGUUGCAGGUGCGGCUGUUGCAUCGGAGGCGCCGGUGUUUGUGGCACUUAUCUCUCCUGAUCUGAUCUGGUGUAGGGUGGAGGACGAUGACUCCUCCGGAGAACCGCACAUCGAUCACUUGCAUUUCUUGCUUGUGCUCUUUCUCGUACAUUUCUUUGUCUUCGGUUUGCUUUAUCUCCUAUUUAGUUCUCCAGUCUCCUUUCUUCUUCCUACGCAACGAAGCCUGUGAAGCUUCAGAUGGGAAGAGAAGAACUUGUCACAGGUGAAGGUCUCGUUAAAAGACCGGCUAAAAGUAUCCUCCAGCCAGCUUCUACUUA